AUUUCUGAGGGUCAGGUCACACUGCCUUUUAGUUAUUGUUUUGAUUGCCGCUGCACGUGUUUUUAAGGAGCUGCGUAUUAAAAUACAAAAUAGAGAGAUGUCGGACAAAUACGCCGUGCCAAACAAAUUACCCGGAAAAACCGUCUCCGUGUUGAAGCACCGUAAGCGACGUAUUCUGCAAGAUCAAUCGGUCGUUGAGCAGAAGAAAAAUGAUCGCAUUAAGCGCAGACAGAAGACCAAGACGCACCACAAAUUCCGACGUGCCGAAUCCUUUGUCAUGGGCUAUCUGAAGGCCGAGAGAACAUCAAACCGGAUCCGGCAAACCAUUCUCAAGACGAACAUAACAGAACAGAGUUCUGCGGCGGCCGAUGACUCCAAUCCCAAAUUGCUGUUUGUGAUGCGCCAUGCGGGAAAGAAAAUCUUCGACAAGACCACCACCGAUAUAUUCAAAACGCUGCGCAUGGGCCAACGUCACAAUGCCGUAUUCCUGGAGAACACCAAGGAGAAUCAACUGUUGCUGCGCGUGAUCGAACCCUUUGUGGUGUACGGCAAUCCAUCGUUGAGCACCAUACGCGAGCUCCUGUUCAAAAAGGGCUUUGCACGCGUCGAAGGCAAGAAGACGGCAAUACAGUCAAACACCAUGGUGGAGGAGCAUCUGGGCGAGAAGGGUGUCAUAUGCCUGGAGGAUAUCAUCCAUGAAAUCUGCACAGUUGGACCCAAUUUUGCUGCUGUUACACAAUUCCUGUGUGCCUUUAAUAUGUCAAGUCCCCGCAAUGGCUGGCAGAAAAAGGUCUCGGUGUCGUACAAACGCGGCGGGGAGUAUGGCUAUCGUGGUAAUGCCAUUAACGAUCUGGUUGCCCGCUGCCUAUAGAAGCCUCAAUCUAGUAGACUUUUAAGUGAUUGUUCAAUCUAUAAUACCAUAUUCUAUGCCUAAGUCCAAUAAUACACUGUUUUCACAAUCAA